AUGUGGGGUGUGCCUUUCGAAAUUGAAGACUCCGCGGAGAAAGAUAAGCCCUCGAGACUCGGACAAACGUCAAAAAGGAACGGGAGAUCCAAAGACCAAGUCUUGAGCUGUUCUCCAAGGCAUUCCAAUAGCUGCGCUAGAUCAUAUCGUGAGGCAGACCCGUUAGCCAAUAACAUCGAGUGCCACACCCACUCCGUGAAAGGAUGCCAACGGAUUGCUGCGGAUCGAAGGACUCCAAUUCCUGAUCUGGAGGCUUCUACCCCUCAAUUUACCGUUUGGCACUCCGCCGCGACCUCUAUCAGACCCAUCGGCAGCCACUCUCCGCCUCCGUCGGCCGGGAUGGUCGGGAAAGUGGCCCUUGAAUUCCCCAAUGCCCUACACCCAUCACUCGGCGUACAGAUGCCUGUCCUUAUAUGGAUAGGAGUAUCUUCUGAUUCGCCACAGGCAUCAUGGUCUUGCUAA